UGUUGGUGUCAUCCAUGCCAGCUGCAGACAUGCUCCUCUUUUCCUUUUAGAGACUUCUCCAGGAGUUGCUGAGGUGACGUUUGUGGAAAAGGAGCCAGCUGAGCGCCACACAAUCAUUUCAUGGGAGCAAAAAAACUCCUGCAUAUUGCCAGAGGAUUUAAAGAACUUCUAUCUGAUGACUGAUGGCUUCCAGAUGACCUGGAGUGUGAAGACUGAUGAUACCCUAAUGCCCCUGGGCUCUAUGGUGAUUAAUAGUGUCUCGAAGCUAUGUCGGCUUGGGGGUUCCUCUAUGUACACUCUGCCUAAUGCACCAACCCUCGCUGACCUGGAAGAUGACACAGACGAGGAAGGCAAUGGAGACAAACCAGAGAAGCCGCACUUUGAUUCUCGUAGUCUUAUCUUUGAAUUAGACUCAUGCAAUGGGAAUGGGAAAGUUUGUCUUGUUUAUAAGCAUGCUAAACCAGUUGUCUCACCAGACACAGAGAUAUGGUUCCUGGACAGAGCUCUGUAUUGGCAUUUCCUCACCAAAACCUUCACAGCCUACUACCGCCUGCUCAUUACCCACCUGGGUCUCCCACAGUGGCAGUAUGCCUUCACCAGCUAUGGGGUCAGCCCCCAGGCCAAGCAAUGGUUUAACAUGUAUAAACCCAUAACCAUCAACACUGCUCUCCUCUCUGAAGAAGCUGAUUCCUUUGUAAACAAGCUGGACCCUAAUAAGGUAUUUAAAAGCAAGAACAAAACGCCAGUGAUCAAGAAGAAACCACCCUCCCAGCCAGUAGGCUCCCAGAAGAGUCACACAAGCAUGGCUUCCUCCAAGACAUCCUCACUAGCUGGGAAUUCUUCAAGGAAGUGAGACCCCCCCAGGUCUGACCCUGCACAACAUUUGCAAUAAGCUUUGAUGUUCUCUGAUGCUGAGUCUCAGUGGUUCAGAGCAAGUUCCUUGUGCAUGAAUAGAUGUGCCCAU